AUGGCGUGGCAGGAUGCAUCCGAAACCCAGCAGUUUCUAUUUUCUCAACUCCUUCAAAAUUGUGAUUCUGAGUUGGAAAUGAAGAAUUGGAAAUCACAGAAAGCAAUAUCAUGGUCUUCUCCUUCAACAAAUUCAUCAAAUUAUUCGGAGUGUAACUCUCCAUUGUCAAGCAUCAGUCAAUCGAGCCAGUGUGCUGUUACAGAGAAUGAUGAAAACUGCCGAGCAGUGGCAAUCCAAACGCCAACUAGUAAGCGAAUAAGAAAUGUCCGGAGGAGUGACAAGCAUUAUUGUGCUGUGUGUGGUGACAAGCCAACUGGCUAUCAUUAUGAUGUUCUGAGUUGUAAUGGAUGUAAAACGUUUUUUCGAAGAACAAUUAUCAAUAAGAGACAGUUCAAAUGCUCUAAAGGAGGGAAGUGCGACUUCAAUAAAGAUUUCCGUUGCGCAUGUCGAGCUUGUCGUUUCCAGAAAUGUAUAUUGGUCGGUAUGAAUGAAAAUGCAAUUCAAUUUCGGGACAAAGAUGAAGCUGAUUCUUCGAUGGAGAAUGCAGCUGAGUACUUUGUGGUUCCAGUGUUCAAGAGUUUUAUAAAGUAUGAGCCCGAUAAGUUGGAUGGGUUCAAGGCUCUGUCUAUUCUUGUUCAAAGAGAAAGCUUUUCCCAGUCAAUUCGUAAGCCAGGAUACCCUAUUGUUACAAAUCAUAAGUUAUCUACUAUUCUUAGCAAUCCCAACAUCAUAGGAUCAAAUAGAAUCAAAGAUACUAGUGAUGAUAAAGCUUGGAGACAGGAAGUGUACUGCCAAAAUCCGAUCAAAUUCUGGAUGAUCGCUGAUUUGUUUUUAUCCGUAGAAUUCGCGAAAACAUUCAAUUCGUUCAGAAAAUUAACUCUCAGAGACCAGAAUAUAUUAUUAGGAGAGAUAGGUGGAAUUUUACAAAUUAUAUCUCAGUCCUAUUACUCUAUUAUGGCAAAAUCAGAUAGUAUGGUUUUCCCAGACGGAAUCAAUGCACUCCAAUUCCGAUUGAAAAACGGAGUUCAAAGUUAUGAAGAAUAUUAUCGAACAGUUUAUUGCAAACCUGUUGCUAUGUUGAGAGAACUCGAAUUAAAUGACUCAGAAUAUGUUUUCUUCAAAACACUCGCUCUAUUUAGUGGAGAUUCUCCCGAAAUGUCAGAAGAGGGACGAAAAAUAAUUGGUUCUGCACGAGUGAGAGUUCUCAGUUAUCUACGAGAUCACCUCAUUCAUCAACAUGGGCUUCCAUCCGGAGUGAAGAAGUUUGGAAAGAUUGUGACAGCUUUAACGUCUUUUUUCGAUGUCUCGGAGAAAAGAAGGACAUAUCUCGAGGUUUGCCACUUGAUCUCGAGGAUAUCUCUAUCACCAAUUUCGAAAUCGAUAUUUCUGAAACAGCAAGAAUAA